CGGGCAUGUUCGCGACUGUCUUGCUGGCUCUCUCUACUGCUAUCCUCGCGCGUGCCAUUUGGUCCAUCAUCACGCGCUUCUUUUUGCAAAGUUCUUUGGAUAAGAUUCCAGGCCCGGCGCCGCAAUCUCUCUUCUCGGGAAAUUUCCUGCAAUUGUUCCACGAGGAUGCGUGGGCCUUUCAUGACGAGCUUGCGGACAGAUAUGGUAACAUCGUUCGAACCACUGGACUUCUAGGGGAGAAACUGCUUUACGUGGCUGAUCCGAAGGCGCUUCACCAUGUCCUUCUCAAGGAUCAGGAAAUCUGGGAAGAGCAUCCCCAGUUCCUUUCUGACAAUUACUUGUUCUUUGGCGAAGGCCUUCUGGCUACGAUUGGUGCCCGGCACAAGAAGCAGCGCAAGCUUAUGAACCCCGUGUUUUCGACCGCGCAUAUGCGUAACAUGAUCCCUAUUUUCCAGGAGACUGUUGGUCGUCUUCGCACGACCCUCGAGGAUCUCACCAAGAAUGGCCCACAAGAAGUCGACAUGUUGCACUGGAUGGGUCGCACCGCAAUGGAGCUCAUCGGCCGCAGCGGUCUCGGUUUCUCAUUCGAUUCUCUCGCGGUCGAUGACCCCGGACAUCCUGCUGCCGCCUGCUUCAAAGAGAUUCUACCGUCCGCCUCCAAAGGCUCCAUGAUGUUCUUGCGCGCCUAUCUCCUCCCCCACGUAUCCAAGCUUGGCCCCGCCUGGAUCCGCCGCGCCAUCGUAGACCUCAUUCCCUCACGCGACUUGCACAGCGUGCGGGACAAGAUUGAUACGAUUUGGGCCACGUCGCAGGAGAUCUAUGCGCAGAAGAAGGCGGCGCUGUCGUCUGGGGAUGAGGCGGUGAAGCGGCAGAUUGGGCUGGGGAAGGAUAUUCUGAGUUUGCUGAUUCGCGCGAAUCUGAAGACGGAAGAUCCGCUGGACGAGACGGAGCUCCUCGGGCAGAUGUCAACUCUUAUAUUCGCAGCCACGGAUACGACUUCUUCUGCCCUGUCGCGCAUUUUCUACCUUCUCGCUCAGCAUCCAGGAGUCCAGGACCGCAUCCGCCAGGAGAUCCGGACAGUGAAUGAGGCUGCCGGCGGUGUGAUGGCCUACGACGAUUAUGAGGCGCUCACUUACAUGGAUACUGUCAUUCGGGAGACCCUUCGGCUCUAUCCGCCUGUCACCCUGCUCAUGCGCAAAGCCAACAAGGACGUGAUCCUCCCCUUCGGUAAGCCCAUCUUAGGCACCGACGGCCGCGAGCUCUCCGAGGUCCUCGUCCCCGCCGGCUCCUCCCUCAUAGUCUCCAUCAACAACGCGAACCGGAGCAAAGAGCUGUGGGGCGCGGAUGCGCUGGAGUGGAAGCCCGAAAGGUGGCUGGCGCCGUUGCCCGAGUCGAUUAUGAGUGCGCAUAUGCCUGGCAUAUAUAGCAACCUUCUCACCUUCCUGGGCGGCGGGCGCGCCUGUAUCGGCUUCAAGUUCUCGCAGCUGGAGAUGAAGGUCGCCCUCGCUGAGAUCCUCGACGCAUUCCAGCUCGCGCCUAGCCCGAAGGCGGUCAAGUGGCGCAUGGGGAACAUCAGCACCGCAUGCGUUGAGGGCGAACCGGACUUGUCGCAGCUUCCGGUGGUGCUGUCCAGGGCGGACUGAGCUUCUAGCUACCUGUAUCACAGAACUCAAGCAUCGCAGUGCUAGAGCAUCACAGUACUGAUGCUUGAUGUCCGGCGAUCAUCAUCUCUACCUCGACGUACUUUCAUAGCGCGACCCUGACCAUUGUCGGCGCCAGUGUGUUGACCAUUAUUUGCGCCAGUGGACCACAACGAUUCGAUCACGUGAACUUAUUCCCGCUUGCUGUGCAAGUUGCAACCAAC